GUGCUACCCAUGCACACGCAAGCCAUGCAGCUCUGUCGUGCUCUAUUGGCGCCAGUGGAUCUAUCGCGCGUUGCUGGUCUGCUGUCCCCGCUCAAAAUGCAAGGUUUUGUACGCUUCUGGGCGGCCGGACGUUCAAGGAGAUAUGUGAGGCUCUUCUGAGGUUCUCCUGGACGAGCACAUGCCUAUACGCCCGAGACUUUUGCUCAGGCUCGUCGCGCACCGAGCGCUGGGUGGCCCGUAUAAUUGCCCUGGCAGUCAUACUUGUCCUUUCCGCCGCGCUCAUAUACUGAAUUUGCAGCUAUGAACGGACACGCGUACCACACGACACCCCGAGUCGCGAUCGUAACGGGUGCCUCGAAGGGCAUCGGGCACGCCAUCGCGCUGCGGCUCGCCGACGACGGUCUGGACGUCACGAUCAACUCGCGCAACGCUGCUGAACUCGAGUUGGUUGCGGCCGAGAUCCGGGCGAAGGGCCGCAAGGUGCUGGCAUUCGUGGGCGACGUCUCGGAUGGCGACGUCGUCAAAGGGAUGGUCGACAGGACUGUGGAGGUCCUCGGGAGACUCGACGUUAUGGUCGCGAAUGCAGGCAUAUUUGUUUCGUCUCGGGUCGUCGACAUGGACAUCAAGGACUGGAACCGCUGCAUGGAUUGUAACCUAGCCAGCACGAUGCUUUGCUACAAGUACGCUGCUCGUCAAAUGAUCGAGCAAGGCGAGGGGGGAGAAUCAUCGGGGCGUCGUCCAUUCUCGGGAAAAAGGUGCCCCGAUAGCUCCGCGUACGUUGCGACGAAGUUCGCGAUUCGAGGCCUUACGCAGUGCCUUGCCAUCGAGCUUGCUCCCCACAACAUCACGGUGAACACGUAUGCGCCCGGAGUCAUCCUGACGCCAAUGACUGACUUCGGUGCUCUCGAUCAGCAAUAUGGCGGAGGCCCCGGAGCGUACACUAAACACCUUGCUGGCAUCCCUCCAGACGGCCCUCACUCGGCGUCCGGUGAACCCGUCGCCAGUGUGGUGUCAUAUCUGGCGAAGCCUGAGGCCUACUUCAUCACGGGGCAAUCCAUCGUCAUGGACGGAGGCGUCGUCUUUAGUUAAGACAGCCAUUGGUUUCUGAUGUCAGUUGUCGUGACAGUCGUGAU